GCCGGGGGCGCGCCUGAGCCGCGGGUCCGGGCUACGUGCGGUCCGGCGGGUUCUGCUGAGCCCUGGGGCGUUCUAGAACGCGGAUGCGCCCGGACGUUCCAGAACCCUGCGGCGUUCGGACGUUCGGCCAUAGAACCCCGGGACACCGAGCUGCCGCCGCCGUGAAACUGACGCCUCCGCGGGCUGCCCGAUCCGCUAUGCACCUUCAACCCCCGGACAGAUAACCGGAGCCGCGGACCGAGCCCCGAGCGCAGCACGUCUCCCCCACCCCGCCGGGUGCCGCCCCCUCCCCGAACGGCACCAUGAUUGUCGCAGGCUCCGAUGGCUGCGGCUGCACGGACAUCAAGGGCUAUUUACCCUGCGAGCAGUGUGGUGAUUUGAGGAAUAAAGAGGACAGAGGAAUAAAACUCCCCCGGCAGCUGGGAAGAGGCCCGAGUUCCUUCAUCCCCGUGGAGGAGAUCCUGCAGGAGGGCACGGAGAGGGCCCAGCGGCAGCUCUUCAUCGAGGCCUUCGUCUCGGCGGGCAGGGUGGAUAACGUCACCAUGGUGAUGGGGCUGCACCCGGAGUACCUGGCCAGCUUCUGGAAGACGCAGUACCUGCUGCUGCACCUGGACGGGCCGCUGCCGUACCCCAAGCGCCACUACAUCGCCAUCAUGGCAGCGGCCAGGCACCAGUGUUCCUACCUGGUUGGCUUCCACGUGGCGGAGUUCCUGAAGGUGGGCGGGAACCCCGGCUGGCUCCAAGGCCUGCACUGCGCCCCCCAGAAACUGAGGAACCUCAACGAAAUCAACAAGAUCCUGGCUCACCGGCCCUGGCUCAUCACCAAGGAGCACAUAGAGGCCCUCCUGAAGACGGGCGAGAACAGCUGGUCCCUGGCAGAGCUCAUCCAGGCCCUGGUGCUCCUCACGCACUACCACUCGCUCGCCUCCUUCGUGUUCGGCUGUGGCAUCAACCUGGAGACCGACCAGGAGGGCGGGCAUGCCUUCCAGCCGCCUUCGCCACGCAGCUGCGACAGCAGCCCUGCCUCCGAGGACGGAGUGAGCGGCUCCAGCGGCAAAGAUGCCAUGCAGGAGGUGGAGGUGCUGAUGGCGCGGAUGAAGCUGCUUCAGGAGUGCCAGCUGGAGGAGGAGGGGGUCACGCAGGAGGAGAUGGAAACCCGCUUCGAGCUGGAGAAGACGGAGAGCUUGCUUGUGGCCCCCUCGGUCGACAUUGCUGAGCACACGCUGCCUCCCAAUGUCCUGUGCUUCGUGGAGGAGCCGGAGUUUGGAUACAAGGAUUUCACUAGGAAAGGAGAGCAGGCCCCACCCACCUUCCGAGCUCAGGAUUACACCUGGGAAGACCACGGCUACUCGCUGAUUAACCGCCUGUACCCCGACAUGGGGCAGCUGCUGGAUGAGAAGUUCCAGGUGGUCUAUAACCUCACCUACAACACCAUUGCCAUGCACAGCGGGGUGGACACCACCACACUCCGCAGGGCCAUUUGGAACUACGUUCACUGCGUCUUUGGCAUCAGAUACGACGACUAUGACUACGGGGAGGUGAACCAGCUCCUGGAGCGCAGCUUGAAAGUCUACAUCAAAACCGUGGCCUGCUACCCAGAGAAAGCCACCAAGCGGAUGUACACCCACUUCUGGAGACACUUCAAGCACUCCGAGAAGGUGCACGUGAACCUGCUCCUGCUGGAGGCCCGGAUGCAGGCGGCCCUGCUGUAUGCGCUGAGAGCCAUCACCCGCUACAUGACCUGAGGGGGCUGCGCUCCCCACGCCCGGCCAGGGACGCACCUCGCUGCGGGGGAGCCUGGCUUCACCGACGUGGGUUUGGGAUCCGUCGGGAAAUACUCUGGGCCCCCUGGAGCGAUGGUCAUGGGGGGCUCCUCCCCCCACUCUCCCCGGGGCCGUUAGACACCAAACUGCUCAGCCCCUUCCCUGUGUAAUGAAGAACCACCUCUGCCAUGCCCAGUGUUCCUGUGGACGCAGCCCGGCAGGGGCCGUCCUGGGGCCUGUCAGCCGGGCCGCCAGCGAGGGCCGGGCUCCACAGCAGGACUCUUGCCGCUGCCUCGAAGCGGACGUGCCUUUAUAGUGUUAGCGUGUAACGAAAUCAGACUGAGCUCCCUCCCUCGCUGGCUCCUGCUACCCCUCUGGGCCGGGCACGACCGUCCUGAGGCUGGUGACUAGUGCAGUGGAGAGCAGAGAGCUGAGCUGCCGUGUCUGGGGCUGCUGAGGGAAGGGCCUUGCCUCGUACCAAAGAGCUCUCUGCUAGUGGGGUAUCCCGGCUCCCACGAAUGUGCAUCUUUCUCUUCUCACUGCCCAGCCUGGCCUCUCCACGUGUGUUGCCGUACGACUGGGAGCAGUCCCGCUGGGCACUGGCCAUCUCUCACGGGGCCCGGGGGGGGAGGCCAUGGGCACAAAUUCCCCCAGCCCCAUGCUGCUGCCACGGCCACCACACUACGUUUAGUGCCCACUGCUCCUGCUCUCCAGAGCUCUGCUCCACUGACCGCCUCUGGGCUGUGGAUGGAGGGAGGUCGGGGCGCGGGUGGGAUGCCCCUGUCUGUGGGGCUGUUCUGCACAGCCCCUGCCUCAAAGGGCGGCGGGCGCUUGUCCUGGUAGGGUAACCUAAAGCCCACAGCCUCUUGCGCAGUGCUCAGCCCUGUACACGCCCCGGUCGGGCCAUGCGCUGGGUGUGAGCCUCUCCCCCCGGGCUGUAGAGUUUGGGCCGGAAGCUCCUGCUGUCAGGGCCUGGGGGAGAGCCCCUGAGGAACAGGCCACAGGAGCACCCACAGGGGUCUCCAGUUCUGGGCACUUCCAAGCCCUGUAGAAGCAGCAACUUGGACGCCGCCGGGCGUGUUUGUCUUGCACGUAUCCUGUGCCCUCAUGGUGCAAGGUGUGUGCAGCUCUGCACAGGGGGUGUGUGUGCUGGUGGGGUGGGUGUCUGUGCCGUGUGUGCAGAGAGCUAAAUGGUGAAACCCCCGCAGGAUGUGUCCCUCCCGCUCUCGGCACCAGGCCGCCCUAGCCACGCACGGAGGUUCGAAACUGUGAAUCAGACUUGGAGGCUUGCUCGCUUCACCUCUUGCUACUUGUACCUGGCUUCAUCCUGAAACCAGCCUCAUCCGCUCACCCCACCCACCUCCGUCCCCUCUCUCAAGCGUCCCGCGUUGCAGCCCCCGCAUUACCUACGUCCCUCCCAUGUCAGCCACCCCGUCCUCUGUCCUGAAAAGUCUCAGCUCAGAAAUAGCCCUUGCUCUGAGGUGCUAGGACGCAGGCGGUGUCGGUGCUGGAGGUGGGGAGCAAACACUGUGUGCCGCUUUCUGACCGAGGCCUUUUUCUUUGUGCCCAUUGUUUUGGUCUGCUUUGCACAGUGACCCAUGGCUGUUCUUGGAAAGUCAAGAGGCCCUGAGGGUAAAUUCACCCCAUAGCACCACUUAGGCCUCCGUGAGGCCUAUAUCCCACUUACUGCCCUGUGUUCUGAAACGGGACGUACGUGGUGCAUCGGCCGAAUGCCAGAACCUCUGCACACCGGUGAAUUUCCCUCUUGCCAAAGACAGAGGGACCAUUUGCCUCUUGAGUCCAUCCAGGACGGCUGUGAGCAGCUCCACUUUGGACUCCACAACGGAACCAGCCAUUCAUUGCAGGAGUCAAACUGGGUGGGGAUUUUCAGGGUCUCUUAAUUGCUGUCAGUAUUUCGAUUAGCUAGAAACACAAACAAAAUGAGCCUGAUUUGCCGGCCGCUGUAAGAGAGGCUGCAAAGAGGGCAACUGCUUCUGGGGUGAUGUCCACUUAGAACCAGGCAUGGAGCAAUUGAAACUUACGACCCACUUUUUCUGCCCGGGGCAGAUCUUCUCUGGUCACGUUCCUUUUUUGUGGGCAGCAUGACAUGGUGCAGGAUAUCGCGUGUAUUAGCCAUGCUGCAUUGUAAAGCAAGGACUAUGUACACGCACUCUUGGGGUACAAUGCACAUGUGGAAUAUGUAGGUGUAUAAUAUAUACACUCCAUUGUAAAGCUGGGGUUGUGUACAAACAGACUGGGCUGUACGUAGUUUUGGGUUUUGGUUUUCUUUGCACAUGCACACGCUCCUUGCUCUUGCAGUGCAGAGUGGUGUGGGUGUCUCCUUUUCUCUGGCUAGAGGCAAUCCCUUUUCACAAGCCUGGGACCUUGUAGCCAACGCUCUUUCCCCCACUGCAGCACUGCACAUUCUGGCAGCUGAUGCACUGUGAAUUCAAAAGACAGUGUGCUGUUUGAGGUGUGCUGCCCCUGCUCCAUCAAGCCGGCUUCUCUUACCCGCGCCCGCGUGCGAGGUGAAAUGCUCUUGCCCUGCUGGCGGGUUUGCCCGGGGUAAGAUCUGGACAGCAGUCUCCCUUGGUGUUUGGGAAGUUGGCCAGUCCCGUAUGCCGGUAGGGAGGGAUGUGAGACUACAGUGUGUGUUACUUUGCGGGGGUGGGGGGAGGGGUGAAGCAGAUGUCUGUAGCUUUAUCCAGAUGUGCCACAGCAUUUCACACUUGUGCAGGUCACUGUGAAAUGCCCACUGUGUGAGCUUUGCCGGUCGGCAGCCGUUCCCACUUUCCCUGCGUGUGGAACUGACAGCCCUGCCUGUCACUGCGGUGAAGGACCGGUAGCAGAACUGUAAUUCUGUGUAAGUUAUUGGGUUUGGAUGGGUUUCCUCCCCAGUGGGAGUGAAAAUGUUGAUUGUUGUGACUCUUUGUUGCCAAUUCUGUUUUGAUGAGAAAUAAAGUUGACUUUUUUU